CUGGAGCUCGGCUGGACUCGGGCUCGGGCCCGAGGGCGGCAGGGGAGCGAGCGGCCUUAUGGCCCCGCCGGCCCCGCACCCCAGGCCCCGCAGCCUCCUCUUCUUCCUCCUCCUCUUCCUCUUCCUCGUCCCGCCGCCGGCUUUCACCGAAGCCGCUGAAGAUGUCAAGGGAGAAGUCAGACAUUCACAGAAAUGGGAGAGAAGCGGGAAGUCAAGUGAAAAUAACUUAGAAUUAAAAGAAAUUGUGUUCGUCAUCCAGAGCCAGAGCAAUUCUUUUCACGCCAAGAGAGCCGAAGAACUGGAGCACGACAUUUUGCAGCAGGCGGUCCAGCUCGGACAGGAGCUGCCCACAGUGAUCCUCCUCCACAAGGUGGCCAGGCACGAAGGAGCAUGGACCAUCCUUCCACUGGUGCCAAACUUCUCCGCUGCUUAUGGCAGAAACUCAUCCUGGAUUUUCUUCUGUGAGGAAGAGACGAGAAUACACAUUCCCAAGCUCCUGGAAACACUCCAAAGAUAUGACCAGUUGAAGGAGUGGUUUUUAGGAAAGGCACUACACGACGAGGAAUCCACAAUAAUCCACCAUUACGCCUUUGCCGAAAAUCCCACCGCUUUCAAAUUUCCCGACUUUGCCGCCGGAUGGGCCCUCAGCAUGCCGCUCGUGAACAAGCUCACCAAGAGGCUAAAAACCGAAUCCCCGAAGUCCGACUUUACAAUAGAUUUAAAACACGAGAUCGCGCUGUACAUCUGGGAGCGGGGCAACGGCCCGCACCUCACCCCCGUGCCCGAGCUGUGCACGGACGACGGGAGCUCUGCGCCGGCUCCCGGCUGCGCUACGCUGUUUACGACCUCCCUGCCCCUCUGUGGUAUGCCGGUGGAGGAGAAGGAUAUUUUUGUGGCCGUAAAAACGUGCAAGAAAUUUCACGGAGAUAGAAUCCCGGUGGUCAAGAAGACGUGGGAGAGCCAGGCCCGCCUCAUCGAGUACUACAGCGACUACGCGGAAAGCUCCAUUCCCACCGUAGACCUGGGGCUCCCCAAUACCGACAGAGGUCACUGUGGCAAGACAUUUGCCAUUCUGGAAAGGUUUCUGAAUCGUAGCCCCGACAAGACGGCGUGGCUCGUGAUCGUGGACGACGACACCUUGAUAAGCCUCCCCAGGCUCCGGAAGCUGCUCAGCUGCUACGACUCCACGGAGGCCGUGUUUCUAGGGGAGCGCUACGGCUACGGGCUGGGGACGGGCGGAUACAGCUACGUCACCGGCGGAGGAGGGAUGGUGUUCAGCCGGGAGGCCGUGCGAAAGCUCCUGGCCAGUAAGUGCCGCUGUUCCAGCAACGACGCGCCGGACGACAUGGUGCUGGGCAUGUGCUUCAGCGGCCUGGGCGUCCCCGUGACGCACAGCCCCCUCUUCCAUCAGGCUCGGCCCACGGACUACCCCAGGGACUACCUUGCUCAUCAGGUCCCCGUCUCCUUUCACAAGCACUGGAACGUCGAUCCGGUGAAGGUGUACUUCACCUGGCUGGCGCCCGGCGGAGAAGAGGCGGGAGCUGGACGGAAGCAGCCCCCCUCGAAGCAAGAGUUAUAAACCUCGCGCGGCGACCGGACGGGUAAAGCGGUCCGGGCUCCAACGCGCCCCGUGGGCGGAGAACACUUCCGGCCCGCGGAUAAAAAGCGGAGGGCAAUCCAUACGACGGAGUUUGGGUCCGUUUUUACUCUUGCGACAAAAUGCGCGUGCCGUUUUCGAUAGCCUUAGGUCAGAUUCACGGGGGCGGAGCUCUGAAAUCUCAAGAGACUUCUGCGCGCGGGCAGGAGGAGGAGGAGGAGAAGGGACAGCCGUGGCGGGUGUCGUGUUUCUUAAAUCUGGGAACGGCUCCUGGUUUUAGAAGUGCGGGGGGGCGGGGAGGGAGGGCAACUCGCUGGACCUACCGCACGCUCGGAACCUCCUCCUCCUCCUCCUCCUGUCUGGUGUCUCUGUGGGCGCGAGCCCGGUGACGAGGAGGAAGCCCGGGCCAGGCCACCUCUCCCAGCCGCGCGGCGGCCGAAGGACGAGGCCCGAGGCCGGACCGCCCGCCGAGCGAAAGAGAGCGCGGACUCUGGGAGGAGCGGAUGGCGCCCGUCCCGCUCGUCCCUUAGAAGGGCGCCGGCUCCCCGCUUUUAGGAGGAAGGCCGAGCUCGACGCGGGUGUGCGGCCUCGGGUCCCGGGUGCGGAUCAUGCCCGCGGCGCACCUCCCGGUGGAUGGCGGCAGUAUUGCAGCUGGGCCACCUGCUGUUUCUCCCAGCCGCCGGACACGACGGCGGACCGAAGGACCCCACGGAGCGGGAGGCGGCGCGUAUCCCCAAAUUAGGGAACCCAGGUUACCCACCUGGGAAGUCCGGUGUUUAAAUGAAGGGUCCGUACGACUCCGCCCUGCUCCAUAAACGCUUUACGGCCGGGCGGGCCGGAAUCGAAGGGGGCGUGCCAACCGCGAAGCCUGAUUAGGGUAGGAAGGCGGACACCGUCCGGCCUCCGUGUCGGUCAGCAUUAACCCGUACCGAGCGCAGCAUUCUUCAGAAGGUUUGGUCUGCCCGUGAAUAACCGAGUUAGGUUAAGAGUCUUGUAAAAAAAAAUAAAAAAAAAUACCCAGCUUGAAUAGGUUCUAAACCCAUUUUUCGGUUCAUUUAAACCCUUCUCUCUUUUCACAGCGGCCAGUAAACGCUACCCUUUCACUCCCCUCGUGGCUGUGACUUUCCUAGCCCCGCCCGGGGCCUUAAAGCCACAAUGCGGAAACGGUGCGUGCCCGGCCGUAGCUUCGUCUGACUUUCUCCAGCUCCACAUCGGCCUGGGGUCUGCCCUGGCCGGGGCACGGCACUGGGGGCGAGCCAAGGGCCCGUGGGACCGCUAGGACCUCCCAGCAAACGGCUCCCUCGCCCCGGGGGUCCACGUGCCCCCCGGGGCCCCGCGCCUCGGCAGCUUACGCGUCCGAACGGGUCCGUCUCGUCGACCACCGGGGCACGCCCCGCGGCCUGCGGUCUUCUCCUAAUCUCAGUGCCUUUCUGGUGUCACCGUUGGUUAGUUUACGCCGUACCGUGUAGAACCGUGGAAGCCUAAGGAAUAAAUAAAAAAGAUAUUUGGUUACA